AUGAAUGGCCUAUACGCACUGGGUGGUGGCGCCCUGGGGGUUUCCAUACACCACGGCCUCUUCAUUCACGGAGAAUGGCACGUUCAAGCUCCAACAAUCUUUUUGGGACAUCUCCUUGCUUUUUCAUUGCUUCAUGUCUUCCUUGACUCUGGCAUAUCCCUUUGCAUCAUCACAAACUACCUCUUCUGCCUGCUAUCCAGCAUCAUCAUCUACCGCGUGUUCUUCCACCCUCUACGCCACUUCCCUGGCCCUCUCAGUGCACGCCUCACCAAGCUUUGGCACGUCUGGAAAGCCCGAGACUCCAGAAACCAUCGCGUCCUCGAGGACCUCCGCCUCCAAUAUGGUGACUUUGUCCGCACAGGCCCCAACGAACUUACCAUCUUCCAUCCCGACAUCUUCAUGGCCAUCGACGGCCCGAAAAGCACCUGCGUAAAAGCCGAAUGGUACGAUCUGCUGUAUCCCAAACUCUCCCUCGUCACAUCCCGCGUGAAAGAAACCCACGCCGCUCGUCGCCGCCAAUGGAACCGUGGCUUCACAUCCAAAUCCCUAGAGCAAUACAUUACCAAAAUUCUCCCCUACAUCACGCAACUCGAGCACCGCAUCGACGCCGACAUCCACCACCAGCACAUCUCCAAUAUCACCGACCUCUUCUACUGGUUCGGCUUUGACACCAUGGGCGAUUUUGUGUUCAAUAAAUCCUUCGACAUGCUGCAUCGCAACGAAUGGCAUUUCGUGGUUGUGCUCCUCCGUCGCGCCAUGUCCAUCUUAGGUCCAUUGAGUCCGGUGCCGUGGUUUGUGCAAAUCGCGUUUAAACUCUUUCCUCGGGUUUGGAUCCUAGGGGAUUGGUUCCGAAUGGUCGCUUGGUGUGAAGGGCAGAUGAGAGAACGGAUGAAGCUCCCAGAAGACAAGACCUUGAUCCCCGACGUAGCGCACUACCUCCUCGCCUCUGCAAAAUCCGAUCCCAGCCAAAAUCUCCCCUGGUUAACCGGCGACAGCAUCCUGGCUAUCGUCGCAGGCAGCGAACCCACCGCUACCACCCUCAUCGGGAUCUUCUGUGAAUUAGCCCGCUCACCAUACCACGCGGAACGCAUAUACCAGGAAUUAGAAACCGUGGAUAUCUGUGAUCCGCGCGCGUUGGCGAAAGAGUGUCCGUACCUGGAGGCGGUCAUUGCCGAGGCGUUGAGAAUGUAUCCUGCUCUUCCGACGGGGGGGAAUCGGAAGACGUGUGAGGAGGUGGUGAUUGCGGGGAGGAGGGUUCCGGGGGGUGUUACGCUGGUAGCGCCGAGGUGGUCGAUUUUUAGAAGAGAAGAUUGUUUCGACCGCGCCGAUGAGUUCAUUCCUGAGCGGUGGUAUGGACACCCCGAGAUGGUGCGGAAUAAGGCUGCGUAUGCGCCUUUUGGGACUGGCCACCACAGCUGCGUCGGACGAUUCCUAGCGAUGGAUGAUAUGCGACUCGUGACAGCUCGCCUGGUGAAGAAAUAUCAUUUGUCUUUGCCGGCGGGGGAGACAGGGGAGGAUGUGUUGGGGGAUAUGAGGGAUCAGUUUACGGCGACGCCGGGGCGGUUGAGGGUUAUGUUUAGGGUGAGGGAUAAUAGUCCUAGUACUUCAUAGAAUUUGGCGGGGAGGGGGUGCUCGGAUUGGUUUAGUGUCUGAUAU